UUUCUGCGUACAAAGAUCAAGGACAAUCUUUGUCUGAUUAACAAAUGGACAACACUUUAUCUGUUGAUUAAACGUAUGAGGUCAUAUUUAAGCAAAUAAUUAAAGUGCAACAAAAGUAAAAUAGUCUUCAAUACCCAGAGAAAACCCACACAGGAAUGGGGAGAACAUGCAAACUCCACACCGGAAAAGUUGGGAUUUCAACCCCAGAUCUCAGAAGUGUGAGGCAGACGCUCUCUUACCUUAUCAGCUGGACAGGCUUCAGCCCCCUUGCGACGCUUAAGGGGCUCAGAAAAUGGAUUGGUGGAUAUUUGGCUCUUACUGUUGGCAGUGUUGCGUUAUCACAAAGAAAAGAUUAGAAAUAAUCCUAAAAAUGUUGUGGUUAAUUUGGAUGAGUUUUCAUAGUUUGAAUGUGAUUAAAUUCGUGUGACAGUGCUAGCGUGUCUUUUCUCGACUGGAUGUUUUCACGAGCACGUGGACUUUGGAGCAUGGGCGUGAAAUUGCGGAAGAGGAAGAGCAAACUUUCAUUUCCUUUUGUAGCACGGUCGCCUACUUUCAAGCCAGCGGGGGUUAGAUUCGGUUGAACUCGCCCGCGGGGACCGCGUUGCGCUCAAGUGCGCACCAUGAGCGCGGCAGUGCUACUGGAUGUCGCGCACUCGUGUCGCUGUGGGUGCACCGAGCGGCUGCUCGCCGAGGAGGCCGCCGCGCACGCGCACUUGCUAGUGCUGUGUGCAGGCGGCGUCCGCAGCGACGCCACGGAUUCGCUAGUUGGCGUGUGGAGCGGCGAAGGCAUGCGCGUCCUCGUGAACUGGUGCGCCACCGCUGCUUGCGCGUACCGACUGAAACAAGCGGUGGACGAGUUGAGCGCCUUCUCGUUGCGGGUCAUCACCAGCCCGCGUGGACGCGCCUGGAUGCUCGGGUACGAGCGCGCCUUCUUCACGCCUCUCUACAAGUUCACCUACCGGCUGGGCUGUGGAGCCGACGCACCUGCGCCGAAGGUGGAUGAUGACGUCGCCGCAUUCCUGCAUCGACUUCCGGUGGUGGGCGGGGCCAUCCGGCUACUGACGUCAUCGCUUAUCCCAGACUGCUUCGGCCACGGCUUCAGCACACGUCUCGGUGGAGUGUCGUACGUGCCCACCUUGUCGUCGUUGAACCUGUUCAGCAGCCCCAGAAGGCAGGACUCUAUGGCAGUGGUCCAUGAGAACCGGCGCCGUCUGGCAAUCCACGCUGGAUUCUACCCCCAUCCUCUACAGAUGGUCAAGGUUCAGCAUUCCAGUCGUGUGUGGGUGGUAGGAAAACAUGAGCCAGACCUCUACGAUGCGGCGGUGACGGACCAGCCUGGUGUGGUCCUGGCCGCACCAGGCGCUGACUGUAUCCCAAUGAUCUUCACAGAUCCUGUGGCUAAAGUGAUCGGCGUCGCUCACGCAGGCUGGAGAGGAACACUGCAGGGUGUUGCGUCGGCGACUGUAAUGGCCAUGACGACGGAGUUGGGCUGUGUGUGCGCCAACAUCUUGGUGGUCUUGGGCCCCUCAGUGGGUCCAUGUUGUUUCACACUGGAGCCAGAACAGGCCUCCCGCUUCCACCCGGACUGCAUUCGGCGUUCACAAUGCCACAGACCCAACGUCGACAUACAACUGGCUAACAGGCUACAACUGGAGGAGGCGGGCAUCCUUCCGCACCACAUCCAUGACGACGCAAGUGUGACAAUGCCAUGUACGUCAUGCCAUCCACGAGACUUCUUCUCCCACGUCCGUGAUGGUGCCCACUUUGGCACUCAGGUGGGCUUUGUGUGGAUCAAAGAGGGGCCAGGAAUACCGUCGGUCGCAGGAAGAGUCGGUCCUGGACUCUUCACCAGGACAACUUUUUGAUGGUGGAUGUGCUAACCCGUUGGUGAUAUAGUGUAUGUUUGCACUACACUACAGUCUACAAUAUGCUUAUGGUCGAUAUAAAAAGUCCAUGUGCUUGUGAUGCUAAAACCUGAGAUGAGGAUAAAUCCAUGAAAACCUUUUUUUUUUUUGAAAACACAAAUGAAAUCAACAAAAUGAAAUCUUUUUAUGGUGGGGAUAUAAAGAUGUAUGUUUCUUAAUGACAUUAUUACUUUUAAUAGGUUGACAUGACAACAGACGCUGAAAUCUUAUUGGACACAAAAAAUCAAAAGGGCAUAAAUCUAGUGGAAGCAGUAGCGCCAAGAGACACAAUUAGACUGUCAGGCAUACAUAAAGACAAUUUCAUCGAAUAAAUAUAUGAACUUAAGUUGUGAACACCUUAUAUGCACCAUCACAGCGUCCAAAGCAAUGUACAAAACCACCCCUUUAUUCAUACCCCAUUGGGUGGCUGCUUCCAUACAAGGUGCAACCAGUCCCAACCGGAGCAAAUUAGGGUUCAGUGUCUUGCCCACAGACACAUGCAGACAGUCAGAGCCAACAUUUGAACCAGCAUGUGAUGACCUGCUCUAUCAAAUGAGUCACAGCUGCCAAUAUAAAAGGAGGUCAGUGCUUCUCACAGUGUUAAAGUCUGCAGAGAAGGCCUUGCUUGCCCUGACCACUCACCAAUGCCUCUACUAACAGCGCACCAGGGACACGGCGACUGUGAUUAGCCACACACUCAAGGUGACAUUUUGCUACAGUCGUCCAGAGAAUUGACUUGUUUUUCAAACGCGUUCUCCCUGGAGGGCGUGGCGUGACUGCUGGCUCAUCAUUAGUGGCCCCCUGAGGCCAAACUUGUUCAUGACACUGUCCUUUCAUCACUUUUUCCAUUCUCAUUAAGCAAUCGGAACAAGAAAAACAUCAAAUCAAUUCCAGUCUGUGGAUUUUGUACACACAUAUGAUGUUCUUCUCAAUCACACAUCUUCUUGUCAGACUCUUGUAGAGAAGGAUCUAGGUCCUACUGCCUUUAAAUCAAAUUUAUGAUUUUCUUCCACUAAAUUCUGAUUAAAUAUUGAAACUCCUUUGCUUAUAAGAAAUAAAAGUAAAUCCUAAUAAAUAACGACCAUUACAAGAGUAGUUGGUGCUCUCACACAUAGCUCUCCAGUUUAUAAAGUAAUUGUGUGCAACUCUAAACCAAUCCUAUGUGGCUUUCUUGACCCCAUCAAAGGACGUUCCAGGAAGAACAAAGUGUAUCUUCAGAACUUUAAUCCAGAGUGGUAGGUUGUUUCUCUGUGAUUGAUAACCAAAGUUGAGUUGCAUCCAAAAGGUCAAAUUAUGAACUACUUUGAACGUUCAAAAUGUCAA